AUGGCUGACUGUCGUUCUCUUCGUUCAAUGGAAACCGAUGGUUUCCAAGUGGUUACCGAAGUGGUCACCCACAAACUCAACCAUAUUCCAAUUUUCAAAGGAGACUUCGGCUCGUUGUCCCCGAAAGUGCAAAGAUUCGUUGCCGAGAAGGCCGAGUUGAUGAAUCCGGCUGGAAUCUACAUUUGUGAUGGUUCCCAGAAGGAAUAUGACGAUAUCGUCGACAAGUUGGUCGAGCGUGGAGUCUUGACUCCAUUGAAGGCCUAUGAGAAUAACUAUCUCUGCCGUACCGAUCCACGCGACGUCGCCCGUGUCGAAUCGAAGACAUGGAUGGUCACCAAGGACAAGUACGACUCUGUGUGCCACACCCCAGACGGUGUCCGCCCAAUCAUGGGACAAUGGAUGAGUGAGGAGCAGUUCGGUGUGGAGCUUGACGCUCGCUUCCCAGGAUGUAUGGCUGGACGUCCGAUGUACGUUGUUCCAUACUCGAUGGGACCAAUUGGUGGACCACUCUCGAAGAUCGGUAUCGAGUUGACUGAUUCUUCAUACGUCGUCCUUUGCAUGCGUACCAUGACUCGUAUGGGACAGAAGGUUCUCGACGCUCUCGGUGACCAAGAUUUCGUGAGAUGCAUCCACUCUGUUGGACUUCCACGUCCAGUUAAACAAAAGGUGAUAAACCACUGGCCAUGCAACCCAGACAAAGUGAUGAUUGCCCAUCGUCCAAAGGAGCGUGAGAUCUGGUCGUUUGGAUCCGGAUACGGAGGAAACUCAAUUUUGGGAAAGAAGUGCUUCGCUCUUCGUAUCGCUUGUAAUAUUGGUAGAGAUGAGGGAUGGCUCGCUGAGCACAUGUUGAUCAUGGGAGUCACCAACCCAGAAGGUCAAGAAAAGUUCAUCGCUGCCGCCUUCCCAUCCGCCUGCGGAAAGACCAACCUUGCCAUGCUUACCCCCACAGUACCCGGCUGGAAAGUCCGUGUCGUCGGAGAUGACAUCGCAUGGAUGAAGUUCGGAGAGGACGGUCGCCUCUACGCAAUCAAUCCGGAAGCCGGAUUCUUCGGUGUCGCCCCUGGAACUUCCCACAAGACAAAUGCAAUGGCAAUGGAGUCUUUCCAGAAGAACUCAAUCUUCACAAAUGUCGCAGAGACCGCCGACGGCGAAUACUUCUGGGAGGGUCUUGAGAAGGAGUUGAAGGAGGCGAAGGGCUAUUCUGAUGAGCAAUUGAAAAACUUGGAGAUCACCAACUGGUUGGGAGACCGUUGGCACAUUGGAGACGAAGGAAAGGCCGCCCAUCCGAACUCUCGUUUCACCGCCCCAGCCUCACAAUGCCCAACUAUUCAUCCAGAUUGGGAAGCUCCACAAGGAGUGCCAAUCGAUGCCAUCGUGUUCGGUGGACGUCGUCCAGAAGGAGUGCCAUUGGUAUUCGAGUCGUUCUCCUGGGAGCACGGAAUCCUCGUCGGUGCUCUCGUCAAAUCGGAGACCACCGCCGCCGCAGAGUUCACCGGUAAGAAUGUGAUGCACGAUCCGAUGGCGAUGCGGCCAUUCAUGGGAUACAACUAUGGAAAGUAUUUGGAGCAUUGGAUCAAGUUGGGCAAGGCACCGAAUAAGGCGCCGAAGAUCUUCCAUGUCAAUUGGUUCCGUGAGACGAAGGAUCACAAGUUCUUGUGGCCAGGAUUUGGAGACAAUAUUCGUGUUUUGGAUUGGAUUUUGAGACGAGUUUCUGGAGAUGACGAUAUUGCGGUCGAGACUGCCAUCGGAUACGUGCCAAAACGUGGCACCAUCAAUCUCGACGGACUCGCACGUAUCGAUUGGAAUGAGUUGAUGAGCAUCCCGAAACCAUACUGGGAAGAGGACAUCGACGAGAGCAGACACUUCUUGGACUCCCAAGUCGGCUCGGAUCUUCCACAACCGAUUCGUGAUGAGCUGGAUAAACUCGAGAAGAGAGUUCAUUCCAUUUAA